UGGUGACAUUUUUGCACGUGUUUGCUCUGAUAUUCAUUUACUGCUUAUAGUCAUAUAAUCCUUGAAAUUAUGGUCCAAAUUUCUAAAAAACGUGUUCGUAGAAACACAGUUGUUUUAGAUAGUGCCUCAACCUCGGUUAUAACUGCAUUACCACCCUGUAAUACAGCAUUAACUACUAGCUCACAAAAUGGCUUGAGUGCAAUUCUCACUCCUGUGAUACAGAUGAAAGAUGUUCUGUUAGAGAACUCUGAGAUCUGUAAAUUAGACCUCCUUGUGAAAGAUAUCCAAAGGCAAGUAAAUGAACUUCAGGAAAAAUUAGGUCAGUUUGAUAGAAUGUCACUGCCAAUGUCAAAUAUCACGGAGAGCGGUUCUGAUAUUGGCCAGGUUAAGUCUUUACUGGAUGUAACUCAAAGCAAGCUUUCGGAUUUAGACCCAAUAGCCUGUCUGUUAAGAAAGCAUCCUAAAAUGUCUCCAGACACCCUAAAUAAGGCUGAAAAUCUGAUUGACUGCUUGGCUGCGGAGGUUAUACGCUUCAUCACCUCCGCAGCCAAGCAGUCAAUCAGAUUUUCGGCCUUAUUUAGGGUGUCUGGAGACAUUUUAGGAUGCUUUCUUAACAGACAGGCUAUUGGGUCUGAAUCCGAAAGCUUGCUUUGAGU